UUCAGUCAGUUCCAUUUCGCGAUUCACAGAGAUUAUUACAAAUAUUGCGGACCAGGUUUCAGCCAAAACAGGAUUAAGAUGCUAAAAGUGGUGCCCAAGUGAUCGAAGAGAACUGCAAGACUCCAACAUGGAGAAUAAGAUAUUAAGACGCUUUUCGGUUACUUACAGAACCUUCAGCGCAUUACUACUAUGGAUAAAUCUUCAAUAUGUUUUUGGCCAAAAUUUCGAGUUUGAAGAUCCUACACCAUGCGGACAAUGGCGACCAGGUGAUCCGGAUUUGUACAGUUUUGAUCUAAUCCGCGAAUAUCAUUUGGAUCAAGAAGCACUGCGGAACGAUGGCAUUCGUCGCGUCCAAGGAUCUAACCAGUUUCAAACUGCCUACCGUAUGGAACGUGAAUCCAAUCUAACACUCCAAGCGUCCCAGGUUUUUCCACAAGGAGUGCCACAUGAGUUCUCCUUCGAGAGUACAUUCCGGACGAUCUUUCCUCCUCAAGACCCUUGGUACCUUUUCCAGCUACAUGACUAUUCGCAUGAAUCUCAGUUUAGUCUCACUGUCAACCCGCCAAUGCAGACAUUAGAACUGACUGUCCCAGGAUAUGAUGGAAACCUUCAAACUAUUGCCUUUCAGGAGGCUUCGCUUUUCGAUGAACAAUGGCAUAAAGUGAUGUUAGGGGUGGACCAAGAUACAGUCACUCUUUGGGUCGACUGCCAACGCGUUAAUGGUCCAGACGGUCAGCAGUCUGCAUUUAUCAUGCCAAGAGGUCCCGUAGAUCACACGCAAGGAUAUUUUUCAGUGGCGCAAGAUGUUUACACAAGAAGGACCGUUCCGAUUGAUCUCCAGUGGAUGGUUUUCAGCUGCGAUUCGUCUAGACCCAUGAGACAAAAUUGUGAAGAACUUCCUAAAUACGACGUUGCUCCUAUUGAAGGCGGUAAUCAGAGUCGGUAUGGCGGCGCCCCAUGUCCCGAACAGUGCCCAAGAGGUCCACCAGGUUACAAUGGAACAGAUGGUCCGAUAGGACCGCGUGGAUUCCCAGGACUUCCUGGCCUGGAUGGAAGAGAUGGACCACCUGGACCUCCUGGCACAUUCAAUUUUGAAGGCCAUGCCGGAAUAAAAGGUGAAAAAGGAGAAGCAGGCGUUCCUGGUACGCCAGGAAAACCAGGAUUGCCUGGUAUAGCCGGACCUCCAGGAAUAGGAAUUCAAGGAUCACGAGGAUUUGUUGGUGAAAAAGGAGAGACUGGACCGCGUGGACCACCUGGCCCUCCUGGUCCACCAGCUGAAUCACAAGCUCCGAUUUUGAUACCAGGACCUAGGGGUUUUCCUGGUUUUAAUGGAACACAGGGUGAAAAGGGGGAACGAGGUGAAAGAGGUUAUGUUGGUGAACGUGGAUUACCGGGAUCUCCAGGAUUGCCCGGUCAACCAGGUGAACCUGGACCUCCUGGACCACCUGGCGUAGUUACAUAUGAAGGGGGAAGUUCAGGCGAACGGCGUGUGGUUGUUGGCCCAUCGGGUCCGAGAGGUCCUCCAGGAGUUCAAGGUCUAUCUGGUGUCCCUGGAGAGGACGGGAAACCAGGUUUAAACGGCGAACCAGGCACAGAUGGUAAACCAGGACCUCAAGGUCCGCCAGGGAUGCCUGGUGCUGAUGGAAUACCCGGGCUCCCUGGUUCUCGCGGUAUGAGAGGUGAACGUGGUGAACGAGGAUCAACGGGUGCUACCGGACCUCGUGGAUAUCCAGGGGAGCCCGGCCCGCCAGGUUUACAAGGUAUUCCGGGUCUUUCAGGUCCUCCAGGAAUCCCAGGUGAACCAGGGCAACCGGGACCUCCAGGACCACCAGGACCUCCUGGACCUUACUCUGAACAAAGGCUAACAUAUUAUCCUGACACUGGAUCAAUUUAUGGACAAUAUGGCGCAACCGGCAUGCCGGGUGAACGAGGAGCAGGCGGGGACAGAGGACCUCAAGGAUUUUCGGGCUUACCUGGAAUGCCAGGCCAGGAUGGCGUACCAGGACCCCCAGGCCCUCCAGGACCGCCAGGUGCACCUGGUUUGCCGGGAGUAUCUGCAACCGAAUAUUCUUCGCUUACCGAAGGCGAUGUUAAGGACAUCUGUUUGUCACUCCUUAAGGAACACGUAACGCAAUAUGUCUCAACGUUAACUGGACCACCAGGACCACCUGGUCGCUCACGUCCAGGUAAACCAGGACCACCGGGCCCCCAAGGAUCUCAAGGUGAUCAAGGUCCGCGUGGUUUUCCAGGACCACCAGGCCUACCUGGCAUUCCCGGACAAACUGGUUCACAAGGAAAUCCUGGAUCACCAGGCGAACGUGGUGAGAAAGGUGAUCGCGGUGAGGAGGGUGUUGGACGUGAAGGCCCACCUGGACCUCCAGGACCGGAGGGCCCACCUGGACAUGGAGCGGAUGGAGUACCAGGCCGACCAGGCGAAAGAGGUGAUACCGGACUGCCUGGAAUCCCUGGACCUAGAGGUCUUCCGGGUGCGAAUGGAGUAUGUCCCCCUUGUUCACAACAAAUGUACUAUCCGUACCCGCUUCAACAACAAAGUAAAGGACCAGUGAAUUUGAAUAUGAAAGGUUGAUUCUGAAAGAAAUUUUUGCGGAGGAAAUAUGCAUACAUACUUGUCAAUUUACUUUUUAUACCCUUAUCAUUAUAAUAAAGCAUCGGAA